AUGGCACUAGAACUAACGUGUGGAAAGAAUUCUUCAGCUGGCCUGCAUGCAGCCUGUGCGGAGAUAGUUUCAAUCAUCAAGAGCGACACAGAGAACAAAAUAAAAAUAAAAGACAUAGUCCAAAAGAUGGCCAAGAAGCACGGCCUAAAAGACACCCCAAAGCUCUCGCAGAUACUCUCCACCGUCUCUGAAGAAGACUCAGCGGUUAUUUCAAGGCUCCGCGUGAAGCCUGUGCGAACAGCCUCAGGAGUUGCAGUGGUCGCAGUGAUGGCAAAGCCCCACAGGUGCCCGCACAUUGCAAUCACGGGAAACAUCUGUGUGUACUGUCCCGGAGGCCCUGACUCUGAUUUUGAGUACAGCACACAGUCGUACACGGGAUACGAGCCAACGAGCAUGCGCGCCAUCAGAGGGAGAUACGAUCCGUACAGACAGAGCGCAGAUAGAAUCAAGCAGCUCUCUAUGCUCGGGCACAGUGUGGAUAAGGUAGAGUACAUUAUCAUGGGAGGCACUUUUAUGUCCCUGGAUAGAGCGUACAGAAGAUGGUUUGUGAUGAAGCUGCAUGAUGCCCUCACAAGAAGAGAAUCAAACACUCUGGAAGAGGCUAUUUUCUUCAGUGAAAGAAGCACGUCAAAGUGUGUAGGCAUAACCAUAGAAACACGCCCUGACUUCUGCAUGGAGAGACAUUUGAAUGAUCUUCUGUCGUACGGGUGCACUCGAUUGGAGAUUGGCGUGCAGAGUGUCUUUGAGGAUGUUGCAGUGGACACAAACAGAGGACACUCUGUGCGCGAUGUGUGUGAGUCUUUUAAGCUCACUAAAGACACGGGGUACAAGAUAGUUACGCACAUGAUGCCUAAUCUGCCGAAUGUAGACAUGGAGAGAGACAUCCUGCAGUUCCACGAGUUCUUCUCCAACCCAAGGUUCCGAACAGACGGCCUGAAGAUAUACCCCACCCUUGUGAUCCGAGGCACAGGGCUGUACGAGCUCUGGAAGAACGGGAAGUACACGAACUACUCGCCAAAUGAGCUAAUUGACCUGCUGGCGCAGAUAUUCAUCAUGGUCCCCCCUUGGAUACGCAUAUACCGCGUGCAGAGGGACAUCCCAAUGACUCUGGUGAGCUCAGGGGUGGAGCACGGGAACAUACGAGAAAUAGUGCUGGACAGACUGAAGGAGCAGGGGCUCUCGUGCAGAGACAUAAGAACACGAGAGGUGGGAAUAAAUAACAUACACACAAACGAGCUCCCAGAGAAGGUUGAGCUCGUCCGAAGAGACUACGCAGCAAGUGACGGGUGGGAGACAUUUUUAUCGUAUGAAGAUGUGGCAAAGGAUAUCCUUGUGGGGUUGUUGAGGCUGAGAAGGUGCGGGCCCUCUACCUUCCGGCCAGAGCUCACAGAGGGAAGCGUGUCGAUAGUGAGAGAGCUGCACGUAUACGGGAGCGUGGUUCCAGUGAAGGGAAAAGACUUCACGAAGUUCCAGCACCAGGGAUAUGGCAGGCUUCUCGUGGAGGAGGCUGAGAGAAUAGCAAGAGAAGAGCACAACUCUUCCAAGCUGGCAAUAAUCUCAGGGAUUGGGACGAGAAAUUACUACAGAAAGCUAGGAUACGAAAUAGAUGGUGUGUAUAUGUCCAAGUAUUUGUAG